CACAAUUUUCGUGCUUCGGUAGCAUUUUGCAGUAAAUUUGCACACACCAUGAGUGAUCAAACAAAUUUAUUAUUCCACAUAGUUUACAAUGAGCAGGAGUGUUCUUUCCAACUUUUUAAAUAUAAGACCGUCACUGACUUAAAAAACGAAAUUUUUAAAAAAUUUGGAAUUGCUCCAUACAAACAAGUAAUUGAAUGUUGGCAUGAGCCCCCGAGUACCGAUGCCAAUACUUUAAUAACAUGUUGUUUGCUGAACGACUGCAAUUUCUUGGUAGUUUACAACAUUGAAGACAAUUUUCAAGACAAUUAUGUCUCAUCUGAAAUAAAUUUGCCUUCUCAAGCUAACGACAGCAGCCGUUCUAUCUCUGAAGAAACAGAAACUUCUUCAAUAUUAAGUUUCAUUCAAUAUUUUUCUUCGCAUUUCACUACCAGAGGAAUCACUUUUCGCAUAUCUUGCUUGGAUGAUGCGUUUGAGCAAGCUUUUAGUAGGAAAGAAAUCCUUCUUUUAUAUUUGCACAAUAGAAGUGAUCCAUUUGCCCAAAUAUUUUGCGAACAACUGACAAAACCUGAUGUUCAAAGGAUACUCAGUAACAAAUUCUAUUUACUGUGUUGGGAUAUUGAUAAUAAUAACUACAAAAAUAUUCUUAUUGAAGCAUUGCACAAACACGAGGAAUUAAGUUCUUUUGACAAUUUUAUUGAACUGAAAAUAUGUUCUGUUUUAUUGGUGGCACCCGUUGGAGAUACGUUUACAAUAAUCAGCAUCAUGAAGGAAACUUUGUCGCCACAAGAAAUUUUAAGCACAUUGCAAAACGCCGAAUCUUUUGUAAAUAAUGUGAAUACUACACAGGAAACAUUGUCGAAUAAUCAAGAAAACACGGGAGGCAGUAACGGAGGCUCGAGUAACGCUCAAGAAGACCCAAGACACGCAUUGGGAUCUAAAGAAUAUCAACAGCUCAUGUUAGACAUGCUGGGAGACCGGGACUACGACAGUUUCGAUUACUACGAAUUUGAGUACUUAAAAGAAAAAAUCGGUUACGCCUUGAACGGACCACCAAAAAAAGAAGAAGGUUACGAAGAAAAAGAAAAGGAAAAAAUCGGGUUUCUUUUUAAGAAAAUACUAAACGAAAGCAACCUCAUCGCAAAAUGGCAAGACCGAGUAAUAAUAUCUUUCAUUUACGUGUGUACGGAACCUCUUCCCGAAGAAAAAGCACAACGCGCCAAAAAAUAUUCAGACUACGACCCUUACACCGAUUUAACUCCGUUCCCAGUUUUUGUGUUACGAAAAUGCAAGAACUGCAAAAAUCCAUGCCGCAUUUUUAUCGAUGAUGUUGGGCGCGUCUACGAUAGUUGGAAUGGAUAUUUAGCGAAUAAUAAAUUACCAAAGUGCCGAAUGAUCUUCCCUAAAAACGGACGUUAUGAAGCUGACGGAAACGGGGAUGUUAUCCUUGGUGAGCAAAUGUCACCGGUUUGUGGUGUCCAAAACAGGAUAUUGGAAGGAGCUGAUAUCGCUAGCGCUGUCGGAGGUAUCGCUUCAGGAGGUGUAAUGGUCGCUGCUACGUCCAUUUCCGCCGUCGCUACGGCACCUCUUGUUCUUCCCCUUGCAGGUGCUGCGGGACUGGCGGUAGGAGCGUAUUCCUUAGGUAGAAGUGCUUACGCUCUCUACGACAGACAUGUACACAAAGAGAGUUUGAGUUUCUUCGAGUCACCUGAAGCUCGUGGUGCGUACAUCAAUAUUGUUGCUGGAUCUUUGGGUUUCGCAGGUGCGGGAGCUAAUGUUGCCGUAUCAGCAUUAGCAGCCGAAGGAUAUACGAUUGGAACAGGAGCCAGAGCGGCAGUGAACACCCUUAACAUCGUGAACCUAGGUGCGGGUGGCGCUGGAGUCGUCAACGCCAGUUACGAUGUUAUUAGAAAUUGGUGGUAUGAAAAUCAACCACCCUCACUUUUGACCAUAGUUCAACUGAGUUCUUCUGUUCUCUUCUUUGGCCACGCCGUGUACAACUACAGGUCUGUUAACACGGUAAUAGAAGAAUCUCAGGUAAACACUUUGAGAGAUUAUCAAGAUUCCUUACGCAGCAACAGACAUAGAAAAACAUUAACGAAACUUGUAAAAGAAACAAUUCGUCAAAACGAUGGAAACGUUCAAAGAGGUCGAGCCGAAGUCAUAUCAACAAUUAAAAACAUACAGAACAAGGACGAGGUCUUUGCUACGUUAACUCGUAGCAACAGAGCGAUGAAUAGAAACAACGUGAGAUUUGCAGCUAGCGAUGGGGGGAUCACAUUAAACGGUGUUCAUGUUGACAUGACACACUUCACUAAUAUGGAAAAGAAUGAAGUGAUUACAUUUUUAACAAAGUUGCCCAACCAGCCAAAACCGGCAGACUCUGACAUCAGAAACAUGAGUACCACUGUUAAAAACUCCUUCCAAGGCGUCGGCGCAUCAGAAAUUUUCAAUUUAUCGAUUGGUCUUGUCAAACUUUUCGGUUCAACCGAACUGACAAUUAAAGAAAAAAUUAUCAGUGCUGUUUCCGAACUCAUAAAAGCCUUAAUAGGAAACCCAGAAGGCUACAUGGACACGUUAGACAGAAUUUUUCCAAAUCAUCACAAGUACUUCCGUUUAGUAGGAAUGGUAAAUAGCUUUUUUCAACAAUUGAUCAACGAAGAAGAGCAAAAGUACACAAAAUGGUUCCAGACACGAAACCCUGAUGAUGAAAAACCGUACUUUUUUGGAUUUUUGUCAUUAGAUGCCGCUAAAAGAGUGACUGAGAUUUUCAAUAUCGUAACGAAAGCAUAUUUCAUAGGGACACAUCUUACACAAUUUGGACUUGAAAAAUUACUUGAGUAUUUUUAUACGUGGUUCACCCGUCAAGUUUAUUCCUUUGAAGAAAGAGAACAACGAAGACAACGGAGAACCGAACAUGGUCGAUCUACUUCUAAAUAUAACUGUACUAUGUGUGGUGGUUAUUACUAUGCCCGACGUGAAUAAGGGUUUUUUUCACAAAAUGUAUGGAAUAUUGUUUUGUGUAAUUAAUUAAACGAUUAAACUACUUUAGAACCA